GGAAUCCUUGGGGAGGGUGGCGGCGGCGGCGCGACGCUCAGCUUGUUGAGCAGAGGCGCGGGCUGCGGGCGCCAUGGUUUUUCUCUCGGCGCAGCUCUGGCUGCGGAACCGCAUCACCGACCGCUACUGGCGGGUCCAGGAGGUGCUGAAGCACGCGCGGCACUUCCGGGGGAGGAAGAAUCGGUGCUACCGGCUGGCCGUCAGGGCUGUGACGCGAGCGUUCGUGCAGUGCACCCGAGCCCGCAGGCUGAAGAAGAGGAACCUGCGGACGCUCUGGAUCAGUCGAGUUACAGCUGCUUCCCAGGAACACGGCCUGAAGUACCCAGCAUUCAUCCUCAACUUGAUUAAGUGCCAGGUGGAGCUCAACAGGAAAGUACUUGCAGAUCUAGCCAUCUACGAACCAAAGACUUUUAAAUCUUUGGCUGCUUUGGCCAAAAGGAGGCGACAGGAAGGAUUUGCUGCUGCCUUGGGGGAUGGGAAGGAGCCCGAAGGCAUUUUUUCCAGGGUGGCACAGCACCUCUGAGGGGGAUGCUGACACCCACUGACUGCCCUUUGAGGCUGAGCAUCUUAGGAAAAGUUUUUUUUUUUUCCCCAUGCAGUGAUUAUACUAAAAUAGGGACUAAGAGUUGUUUGUCAACAGUGAGUAAGUUUGACUUGCAUUUGUGUUAAUUUACAUUUCAGUAACAGGCCUGAGAGAAAAGGCCUUAUCUUGCCUCUUUUGGCAUGGUUCAGAAAUCUCACAUGGAUUGUGUAAAUAAAGUUUGUGGGGAACGCAAA